GCAGUAAAAACGAAAGUAAGAUCGUGACUUUCUUUUUAGAGGUGAGGCAGCCAUGGCCACUGGGGGUCCCGUGCAGGAGCUCUCUGAGGAACUCACUUGUCCCAUCUGCCGGGAGUAUUUCAAGGACCCGGUCAUCCUCACCGAAUGCGACCACAGCUUCUGCCGUGCCUGCCUGACCCGCAGCUGGGGAGAGGCGGCAGUGAAGGUUUCCUGUCCGGUGUGUAAACAAACUGUUCAGCCAAGGCACCUCCCUGCCAAUCGACAACUGGCAAAAUUUGUGGAAAUAGCCAAAAAAAUCAAUCUCCAAAGGGGAGAAGCUGAGGAGAGAAUCUGUGAGAAGCACCGGGAGCCCCUGAAGCUUUUCUGCCAAACUGACGAAAUCCUCGUUUGUAUGGUCUGUGACAGAUCCAAGGAGCACAAAGACCAUGAGAAGAUUCCUGCUGAGGAGGCUGCCCAGGAGUACAAGGACAAGAUCUUCAACUGCCUGAAGACUCUGAGGACUGAGAAAGAUAAAAUCCUGGUAUAUUUAGCAGAUGCUGAAAAUGAAAGCCAAGAAAUGCUUAAAAUUAUGGAAUCGGAGAGGCAAAAGACAGUGGCUGAGUUCAGAACACUACAUCAGGUGCUGGAAGAGCAAGAAAACCGUCUGCUGGCCCAGAUAGAAGAGGUGGAGAGGGAGGUAGCCAGAAAAAGAGACGAUCACCUGGCCAAGCUCUCCGAAGAACUCUCCUCUCUUGAAAGCCUCAUCCGAGAGAUGGAGGGGAAGCAUCAGCAGCCGCAGAGUGAAAUUCUGCAGGAUGUCAAAAGCAGCUUGCAGAGGUAUAAGGAGAAAGAGAUCUUUAAGAAUCCAGUGGCUUUCUCUUCUGACCUGAAAAUCAGGCUCCAGGGCUGCUGUGGUAUUGGUUCCUUUCUGGGGAGUAUCAUGAAGGAAUGCAAAGACACUCUGGUUUCUGAACUUCGAAUGCAAAAAGCAAAUGUGACUCUGGAUCCAGCCACAACAAAUGUGACUCUGGAUCCAAUCAGACGUAUGGUUCCAGCUCUGACCAGAAAUCUCAUUGUGUCUGAGGAUAGAAGAAGCGUUAAAUGUGAAGCCCUGCUUGAAGAAGAGGAAGAGGAGAUUUGUUCUUUUCUGUUGGGCUGUGAGGGCUUCACAGCAGGCUGCCAUUUCUGGGAAGUCAAUGUGGGAAGUGAGGCUAAGUGGGCUGUGGGGGUGGCCAGAAAGCUUCUGACAGGCAGUUUAAUCCUUACUCGUGAAGAAGGGAUCAGGGAUGAAGAAGGGAUCUGGGCUGUAGGUAAUAUAAACCAGUACAAGGCUUUCAGAAAGGGUUUUUACACCCUCCUGAACCUAUCUGGGGACCUCAAGAGGAUCAGAGUCUCUCUCAACUACGAUGAGGGGCAAGUAGCCUUUUUUGAUGCUGACAGAGCAGCCCUUCUCUGCAGGUUCUCAGGAGCCUCCUUCUCUGGAGAGACCCUUCAUCCCUUCUUUGCUGUGUAUGGUAACGGCUGCAUCAGACUCUGCCCUUAAGGCAGCCAAAACUCUCUCAUGGGCUCUGCU